GGGCGCUCACAAAGCCCGGCUUCCCUGAAGCUCGAGGACCGGAGACGGGCAGCCCCGAGUCCCGGGCUGCGCCCCGCUCUGCGGGGACGGCGCCACUCCGGACCCGAGUUUUUGCUGGGGGACAACUUACUGUGUUCGCUGAGUGUCCACACCGCAAACUCCCAAAUGGGAGAGGGGACAGCAAAGCAGGAGGAGGUGGCGGAGCGGCUAGCGGGCAGCUGGCGCCCCGCCUGCGCAAGCCUCCGCCCCCGGGGCUAGCCCCGCACUCCACCGGCGCGCCAUGAUCGCCACCGGCGGCCUGCUGAGGAUUUCCGCCAGGAAGCAGGAUCCCCUCCGCCCGCCCAGCCAGGUUCCCAAGCGCAAGCGGAAAGUCCAGAGGAGGCGCAAGAACGACGUGGUGGUGGUGAAGGGCAAGCUGAAGCUGUGCUCCAUCUCGGGGCUCAUCGCCCUCUGCGGGAUCCUGGUGCUGCUGGUGGGCAUCGCCAUGGCCGUGGUGGGUUACUGGCCCAAGGCCAAUGGGGCCAGUCGGGAGGGGGCUGCCGCCCCUUCGCCCCCCUUGGAACUGGAGGACUCGCCCCCCGCCAGGCUGGGCUCGCCCAGCUCCCAGUCCGAGGACCUAUCCUGCAGCCAUAAAGGCUACAGCCCCCUGCGGGAGGCCGGCACCUCCUUGGAGUCGGUUGUGGACGCAGGAGCCAGUAAAAGUCCAGACUGUGAGGCCACCGCCGCCCAGGGCGCGGAGGAGCAGAGCCCUCCCGAGACCUUCCCGGAUGAUGCCAGCCAAGGGCCACCCAGGGACCAGCCACCCCAGCCAGUGCAGAGGCAGUUUACAAACCAGGAGAAACUCUUCAUGAUUUCCCGGUCUCACGCCCCAGGGGUAGAGGUCGGAGAACUGGAAAGUACUGGGGAUUAG